AUGCCACCCCAAGAAUGUAAUUCGCCAGAUUUGGAUGAGAAGAGUAUUGAAAACAUUGUGAAAUUCGUAUCUGAUAUACGGACAGGGAAGCUGCAAGGAUCCAAUAAGAUUGCUGUAGCCACAGUUUCUCUUCUAGAGCAGAUCAUCACAGAUGCAUCAAAUACUAGUGUUUUAUGUCUUGUAAACGCAGUACGGGGUACUGGGCGUCGCAUAACAAAGGCAUUACCGCAGGAGCUUAUUGCUGCAAAUAUGGUGCGGCGCGUAUUGCGAGCGAUACGCGACGAGCAGAGAGCAUUGGCUAAUCAGAGUAGCGAAUACUCAGGUGAUUCCCUACAGCGUUUGGUAUUAGCAGCACCAAGUCGCAGAGCAACUUUACCUUCUAAUCACGAUCUGAGGGAGCCUAUACGAGAUCAUAUAGCAGAGCUACUUGGAGAAUUGGAAGCAAGUACAUCCUCAAUAUGUGGACAAGCAAAGGAACACAUACAUGCAGAUGAGGUGAUAUUGACAUAUGGAGCAAGCAGUUUAGUUGAGAAAUUUCUUAAAUCAUCAGGAACCAAUAAAAUGAAGAUAUUGCUGGUUGAGGGACCGAAGCACGCUGAGAGUGCCGCAAUGGCAGUCAGGUUAAGUACGCAGGGUGUUAAUGUGACCCUUGUCAAUGGUGCCGCUGUAGGUGCCCUAAUGCCAAGAGUGAACAAGGUUGUCAUUGGUGUCCGUAGUACCCUAGCUGGUGGAGCUGUUUUGGGUGAUGGUGGACUUCUAGCUGUGACCACAGCUGCUAGACAUUACAGCGUGCCUGUGAUAGCAUUGUCACCUCUAUACAAACUGUCACCGCUGCACUCGUGUGACCACACCCACUUCAACGCCCUUUCGCCUCCAUACACCGCGCUUCCGUAUAUGAGUGGCGAAAGUGCUGUGGCUCAAGUAUUCGCGCCCAUGUGCGAUUUCGUCCCGCCAGACCACGUGACUCUAUUCAUCACCAACUUAGGCGGAAGUUCGCCGUCAUACAUCUACCGUCUGCUCUCGGAAUUGUAUGACCCCAAUGAUUAUCAAAUAUAA